AUGGUUGGCCUUGGUCCUAAGCACCCACCAUCCCGCAAGGGAUCCAUGCACGAUGUGCCGCAAAAUCUUUUGCAACAAAUCCAGUAUUUCGAGCAGCACUUCACUGUUGAUGGUGCCAAGCUCAAGCAGAUCGUUGCUCACUUUGUGAAGGAGCUCGAGAAGGGCUUGACUGUCGAGGGCGGCAACAUUCCUAUGAACGUCACUUGGGUCAUGGGAUUCCCCGACGGUGAAGAGCAAGGUACUUUCUUGGCUUUGGAUAUGGGUGGCACUAAUCUGCGUGUCUGUGAAAUUACCCUGACCGAUGCCAAGGGUGCCUUCGAUAUCACCCAGUCCAAAUAUAAGAUGCCAGAGGAGCUUAAGACUGGUACUGCUGAGGAGCUGUGGGAGUACAUUGCCGACUGCUUGCAACAAUUCAUCGAGUUCCACCACGAGGACGAGAACCUGACCAAGCUCCCCUUGGGUUUCACAUUCUCCUACCCUGCUACCCAAGAAUACAUUGAUCACGGUAUUCUCCAACGCUGGACUAAGGGAUUUGAUAUUGAUGGUGUUGAGGGUCAGGACGUCGUCCCUCCCUUGGAGACUAUUCUGAAGAAGCGGGGACUGCCCAUUAAAGUUGCUGCCCUCAUCAACGAUACCACCGGUACCCUUAUUGCUUCCUCCUACACCGAUUCCGAAAUGAAGAUUGGUUGUAUUUUCGGCACUGGCGUCAACGCCGCAUACAUGGAGAACGUUGGAUCCGUCCCCAAAAUCGCCCACAUGGGUCUGCCCGCCGAUAUGCCUGUCGCCAUCAACUGCGAGUAUGGUGCUUUCGAUAAUGAGCGCGUGGUGCUCCCUCUCACCAAAUACGACGAGAUUAUUGAUCGUGACUCUCCCCGUCCCGGUCAGCAAGCCUUUGAGAAGAUGACCGCCGGUCUGUACCUGGGCGAGAUCUUCCGAUUGGCUCUUGUGGACAUCCUCGAUGCGCAGCCUGGACUCAUCUUUAACGGCCAGGAUACCUCUAAGUUGCGCAAGCCCUACCUACUAGAUGCGUCAUUCCUUGCUGCCAUCGAGGAAGAUCCCUAUGAGAACUUGUCCGAGACCGUCGAGCUCUUUGAGCGUGAACUGAACAUUCACCCUACCCAGCCUGAGCUGGAGAUGGCCCGUCGUCUUGCGGAGUUGAUCGGUACCCGUGCUGCUCGCUUAUCCGCUUGUGGUGUUGCUGCCAUCUGUACAAAGAAGAACAUCGAGUCCUGCCACGUUGGCGCUGACGGAUCCGUCUUUACUAAGUACCCUCACUUCCAGGCCCGUGGUGCCGUGGCUCUGCGUGAGAUCCUAGACUGGGCUCCUAAUGAGAAGGAUAAGGUUACUAUCAUGGCUGCUGAGGAUGGAUCUGGUGUCGGUGCUGCCCUGAUUGCUGCUUUGACUCUGAAGCGUGUCAAGGCUGGUAAUCUAGCUGGUAUUCGUAACAUGGAUGAUAUGAAGACCCUGCUUUAA